AUGUAAUAAAUACAGGAAGAAUUUGCUAAUUUAAGUUUAAAUACAAAUAUAACUGGAUUUAUUCAUUGCGAAGAUUUUGAUCAACAUUUUUCAAACAAAUAACAUUAUGAAAACCCAAAAAGAACUUAAUCAAUAGAUUAAACCAUUUAAAAAUAUUUAUCUUAAGAAAAAGGUAAAUUAUAAGUGGAACAAAUGUCAUAGUUUGAAUAAUGGUAUUUUAAAUCAAUAUAAUUUAGUAAUGUAGAACAUUUGAGACUAGUUUAUGAUUCAUAAUACAUAGAAUUCGUUGAGGGAUUAUUUGAUGGGUUAGAUUUAGGAGAUGUAAAUAAAUAGAAGGAAGUUGUUCAUAUGAAUGAUACUUAUUUAUGUAAAACAUCUGCUUUCACUGCUAGAAAAUGUGUAUAGGCAGUUUUAGAAGGAGUUGAUAAGAUAUUAUCAAAUUAAUGGAGGAAUGCGUUUUGUAGCGUUAGACCUCCUGGUCAUCAUAGUGGACAUAAACCUAGACCAACUGGAUUCUGUAUUUAUAAUAAUGUAGCUAUUGCUGCAAAAUAUGCAAGAUAACAAUAUAAAGUAAAGAAAAUAGUAAUAUUUGAUUGGGAUGUUCAUCAUUGUGAUGGAACAGAAUAAGUAUUUUAUGAAGACCCUAAUACAUUGGUGAUAUCAAUUCAUAGAUUUGAUCAUGGUGAAUUUUAUCCUAGAAGUGGAGAUCCUGAGAAAACAGGUGGAGAAAAAGGGUAAUAUAAAAAUAUUAAUGUUGGUUGGAAUGUACCUGAUGAUGGAAAUGUUCCAGGUUAUGAUGAUUAUGUUUAUGCAUUUGAUAGAUUAUUAGGACCUAUCAUAAAGGAAUUUAGACCAGAUUUUAUUAUAAUAAGUGCUGGUUAUGAUUCAGCUAAAGGUGAUCCACUUGGUCGUAUCAAUAAUACUCCAGAGGGUUAUUAAUAUAUGACUGAAUAAUUACAAUAAAUAUGCCCUAAAGUUUUGGCUGUUUUAGAAGGAGGAUAUAAUUUAGAUGUUACAGCUACUUGUGCUUUAGCAACUCUUAAAUAAUUAAUGGGAGUACCUUAAUAGUUUCCAGUUAAUAUUGAACCUUGUAAAUAUGGUAUUAAAGCAGUAACAACUACUGUCGAUAAACAUAAAUAAUUUUGGACUUGUCUUAUGUCUGAAAAAUUGGUGGAAUUUUAGAAAAAGUAUUUAGGAUAAUCAGCUGAUUUAAUAUCAGGAGGACAUCUUUAAUUAUUCUAAAUUUAAAAUGAUAUCAUUAUCAAGACAACUAAAUAAGGGGAAUUCUCAUUUUAUUAAGCUGUUAAUGAUAAAACUCAUCAAUUUUAUUAAGAAAAUUAAAAGUUCAUCAAAUUUAUGCCAAAAUUAAUAUCUCUGGAUGAAAAAACAUAUUCUAUUACUAUGGUAUUUAAUAUUAAUUAAUUCUAGGAAAAUUUAACUUAUGGAUUAGAGAAUGGAUCGAUUAUAGAUUUAAAAAUAGGUUAUAAAACAUAUAGUCCGAAUUGUACAAAAUAAAAAAGAGAAAAAGAAAUUAAAAAAGCCAAUUUUUGUAAUUAGAAAUAAAUGGGUUUUAGAGUGGCUGGAAUUAAGAUAAGAGAUGAGAAUGGAGAAUCAAUUGUUAAUAAGAAUGGAUCUGAAGCCUAUAAAUGGAUUAUAAAUUAAAAUAAGAUGAAAGAUAUUAUUGAAUAAGUUUUUAAAUCAAAUUAAAUUUAAUAACCUAAUAAGGAAGCACUUAGAGGUUGUAUUUAAUUUAUUUAAGAAUUAAUAGAAGUACUUUCAACCUGCAAAAAGUAUAAAUUAUUAAAAUUUAUCUUAGAUUGUUUCGAAAUACUUCCAUUCUUAUAAUAGUAGAUAACUUGUCAAAAAAGUAUCGUAUUAAAUGGAUUGAUUUCAGUUAUGUUAUGAAUUUAUCAGAAGAUUCUGAAGAUCCAAAAGCUGAGAUGGAUAAUAAUGUAAUAGGAGGACUUAAAUAUUUGAAUUCUAUGUUAAAAUAGAUAGAAUCAAAAUGAUCAAAUUAAAAAGAAUGGGAA